AUGAGCGGGGACGAGGUUGCGAAGGCCAAGGCUGCCGCCGCGGCCGGCGGCGGCGUAGGGGAGUACGGGACGUUCCACGGUCCGCCCAGCUACCCGCCCCCGCGCCCGCCCGUCGGGUACCCGCAGCCCGCCCCGCCGCCCGGCCUCCACGGCCAGCGAGAGCCCAACUCGCGCCACCGCGGCGGGUACCAGGCCGGGAACGCUCAAGAUUACGAAGCUGGUGCCCGUGGACAUAGACAUGACCGCCUUCCAUGCUGCGGUAUUGGUAUGGGCUGGUUUCUAUUCAUACUCGGUUUCUUUCUUGGUGCCAUCCCCUGGUAUGUCGGAGCAUUUCUGUUGUGGUGUUCCAGAGUGGAUUACAGGGAGAAACCAGGAUAUGUGGCAUGCACAAUAGCGGCUGUCCUUGCUACAAUUGCCGUCAUCAUCGGGGCAACUGCUGGAGCUCACGUUUAUUGA